AUGUAUGCGAGCUUUUCGUUGACCGAGCUACGAAACUUUGAUCAACCAAGCUCUACAUUGCCCGAUGCCACAGGCGCAUUUCCUCCUGCUUCCUCAACGGAUUACGGCGUUAUAGGACCACCACUCCAAGCCGUCCACGCUUCCCAAUCCCCACCAACUGGCCUCGCAAUAGAUCCAGACCUCAAGAUCUAUCUCACCUACCCGCGUAACACCGGACCAACACCUAACAACGUAGUAAUCUGCCCAACCUACUCCACUGAAGAGCCUUGGCCCAACGCAGAAAUCCAAAACUGCACAUCCAGCCAAAACGCGAGCACAUGUUUCAUCAACGUGCAAAAUGUAGUCCUCGAUUCGCUACACCAACUCUGGAUCGUAGAUUCUGGGAUCCCGGCUGGAGAAAGCAGCGCUGUGCGCUACGGCGCCAAGAUCAUGAGCUUCGACUGGCAGACACGGGCGUUGAAGCGCACGUAUGUCAUUCCGGAGGAAUCGUACUACGACAAAAUGAAUGCAAAUGACGUUCGCAUAAACAACACUCUCGGUACUGGUGGCUUUGCUUUCAUUACGGAUGAAUCGACAGCCGGAUCCUUGCUAACUAUCGACCUGGACACUGGCAUCGUUCUACGGAGAUUAUACAACACCACUGAAACCCGCGCUGAUCAAAAGUAUGUUGGGAUUUACAACGGCAAUCCAGUGUAUGCCUGGAAUGGGACGAAGAAAUCGUACUUCACAACUGGAGCGGAUGGGAUUGCUCUUCAGAGCGGGAAUGUGUAUUGGGGCGUUUUGGCCAGUCGGAGGUGGUAUUAUAUUCCGCAAAAUUUACUGGUUAAUGCCUCUGCUAGUGAAGAGGAGGUGUUAGCUGGUGUUGUGUAUCCCAGCCAAAUCGGCACCGAACAGGCUGGUCUUACAGCCGACAAUAAAGGACGAGUAUAUGUUUGCGCGAGCGAGCAUAAUGCGAUAUUUUAUGUCGACACGCUGCAGCAAUACGUCACGGAAGAGGUUAAUGGUGUAGUGGCAGGAGGAGCGGGAGUAGUGCCGCCAGAGGAUUAUGUGGUGAAAACGCUGGUCCGAAGUGCGUUGAUCCAGCACGCGGAUUCUGCGGCGAUUUGGGAUGGGUGGCUGUAUUUUUGUACGAAUCAGUUGGAAUUGAGUCCAGGACGGCAAUAUCGGAAUGUGGAUAAUAGAAAAGGGCCUUUUGUUAGUUACCGGGUUUGGGUUGGGGCAGGACCUGCUGCCUAA